AUGGCGACAGUCAGUGCCGGUGAUGUGUACAAUGUGCCUCUCUAUCCCAGCUACUACAGCACUGUGCGUGUACGCCCUACGGGAUACGCCUACGACUGGGGUGUUGAGGGUUUGUCCUGGUUGCGUAGCAACAACCAUGCCAAUGGCCGGGCCAGGAAGAAAGAAGUUCGGUACAAGUCUUCGAAGCAUCAGACCUGCUUCGUUGCGGGUGAUACAGAGGAUGUAGAGGAUGGUGCGGGUGGAAGUAGCAGUGAUAAUGGACAAUUAACAAGGAGUUUCUUCAGGCUGGCGACGUAUGUGGGCCCUCCUACACUGCCUGCCAUCGCACCUGUAGCAGCACCGUAUCCACGCCAG